AAACUCACAGGCUAGUUAGGGGCAGACUGACUUUGGAGGUCUUAGUGUUAUUUAUCAUAAACUCUACCCUAAAGUCAGUAUUCACUGGAGUUUAGAGUUAAUCUCUUUCUGCCUAGUUUAAAAGUUUUCUCCUGUCUCCAUCAAAUCAUAGAACCUGAUCAGCGCCUUCUGACCCAAAAGAAGCCAUGGGAGCCCGCCAUGUCCACAGUUUGCUGUUCCUCUCUCUCCUAGGAGCUUUCUCCGUUAUCUGUAUGUACGGGGAAGACGGUGGGGGAGAGCAGCUGGGACACAGAAGGGGGAUUUAUGUUGCAAAGGAAGUGACUUUAGCCCUCAGGAGAGGUCCAAGUGCUUAUCUUUAUCUCCUUUUCUCCCCAGUGGCCCAGUCUUUGUAUUGUAACAAGGGUAAAGCCAAGUUUAUAGAAGGGGAUUCAAGCGAUUCAUUUAACUGGACCUCAGAGAAAGUUGAUACUUGUGACAAUGGAUCAUUUUGCCAGGAAACUGCACUGUUGGUUGAAGCAGGAGAUGAGCUUGCUGUUCUGGCCACUAAGGGCUGCUCGAGUGGAGACAUGGAGAUGGUAACCCUUAUCCAGCACACCUCACCUCCCGGCUUGGUGGUUGUCUCCUACAGUAACUUCUGCGAGGAAUCCCUUUGCAACGACAAAGAAACCGUACCUCUAUUUUGGAAGUCAGAAGUGAUCUCAGCUUCCAGUGUGUCACCAACCCUCCACUGCCCAACCUGUGUGGCUCUGGGGUCCUGUUUCAGUGCUCCUUCUCUUCCCUGUCCCAAUGGCACAACUCGCUGCUAUCAAGGAAAACUUGAGAUCACUGGAGGAGGCCUUGACUCAGUCUUAGAGGUCAAAGGCUGUACAGCUGUGGUUGGUUGCAGGCUGAUGUCUGGGCUGUUAAACGUGGGACCCAUAAAGGUGAAGGAAACGUGUCAACGUCUGCCUCUCACUCAAGCCCGAAAUGUUGAAAAUGGGGCCCCCUGGCUUCCCAUUUCAGUUUGGAGAUUAGAACUGCUGCUCCUGCUGCUGCUACAACCACUUGUCCACUGUUCCUGAGAAAGGGUUCUCAGGAUACGCCUUUUGACUGGGAGUCUCUGGCUGCUGGUCAUCAAAGAGUUGAGGACAAC